AUGGCGCCCCGACGCCGAAACAAGUCUUCUUCUUGCGCCAAAGUCCAUGACCUCAUGGCGGACCUCAUAGACAAGUACUUUCAGAAACACCUCAACCUACCUCAGGAAGAGGCAGUGAGACUGCACAACGAGUACUACAAAAACUACGGACUCGCCAUCGAGGGUCUUGUACGACAUCACGAGAUUGAUCCUCUCGAGUACAACGAAAAGGUCGACGACGCUCUGCCCCUGGACGGUGUCAUCAAACCACGGCCGGAGCUCAAGAAGCUGCUUGAGGACAUCGACAGGAGCAAGGUCAGGCUGUGGCUGUUCACCAACGCCUACGUCAAUCACGCACACAGGGUCAUACGUCUUCUUGGGAUUGAGGGUAUGUUUGAGGGUGUGACGUACUGCGACUAUUCCAAGGUCCCUUUUGUGUGCAAACCGCAGAAGGAAGCAUAUGUGAAGGCGAUGAAGGAGGCCGGAGUCGAGAAGUGGGAGGACUGCUUCUUCGUUGACGACAAUUAUAACAACUGCGUCAAAGCCCAGGAAUUCGGAUGGAAUACGGCCCACCUCGUCGAAGACGAUGUUCCGGUGCCCAAGACGCAAGCGUCAAAACACCAAAUAAGACACCUAGAGGAUCUGAGGACUACUUUCCCGCAACUUUUCAAGAAGGAUUAA